CUGAAAGUGUAAAGAAGCGAUCCGCCUCGCCUUUUAAGUCCUUACAAACCCUAAUUAUAUAUCGGAAGUCUUGAGUUCGGAGGCGCGGCAUAAACCCUAGAGUAGGAGGAUCGUCCGCCAUCUGCAAACAUGGGUAUCUCUCGUGAUUCCAUGCACAAGAGACGUGCGACCGGUGGCAAGAAGAAGGCCUGGAGAAAGAAGCGAAAGUAUGAGCUCGGAAGACAGCCUGCCAACACGAAGAUCUCGAGCAACAAGACUGUUAGAAGGGUGAGAGUUCGUGGUGGAAACGUGAAGUGGCGAGCUUUGAGGUUGGAUACAGGGAACUACUCGUGGGGUAGUGAGGCUGUGACCCGCAAGACCCGUAUCUUGGAUGUGGUUUACAAUGCAUCCAACAAUGAGUUGGUCAGGACCCAAACUCUUGUCAAGAGUGCCAUUGUUCAGGUCGAUGCUGCACCUUUUAAACAAUGGUAUCUUCAACACUAUGGUGUUGAUAUUGGUCGCAAGAAGAAGCCAGCUCCUUCAUCCACCAAAAAAGAGGGAGAGGAAGUAGAAGGUGCAACAGAGGAGGCGAAGAAAAGUAAUCAUGUUGUGAGGAAAUUGGAAAAGCGUCAAGAGGAACGCAAACUUGACCCACAUGUUGAAGAACAGUUCUCUAGUGGUCGUCUUCUUGCAGCUAUCUCUUCACGCCCUGGCCAGUGUGGUCGUGCUGAUGGAUACAUAUUGGAAGGGAAAGAGCUUGAAUUCUACAUGAAGAAGUUGCAGAAGAAGAAAGGAAAGGGUGCUGGCACUGCUUAAGUUGGUUUUUUAUAGAUUUGUAUUUCUUAUUUAUUUUAAGGGAGGCAUGACUGAGAUUUUUGUUUUUCUAUUGAUGUUGAAAGACUAAUGCCGGGUUCAUGCUAUUGGUUUUGUUAACAAUUUUGCUUCUGUUGUUGCCAUGUUUCAGCAUCUAGAAAACCGG